AUGUCGAAGAAACCGGUGGGGGAUAUCGGUGGUGGCAAAGUAGAGCCGAGCCGCGCCCAAGAAGCAAUGCACCACCGUGCAGAAGACAGCAACAACGACGACGACGAUAUGGGUCCGUCAGUAUCGAUGGCGGUGGAAGCAGACGACGACGAGCAUUUCCGGCGGUCAACGUUCAAUCUCAAGCGCACACGGUCGAUGGGACUGCUGGAUACACGUUCGGAGUCGCCUUCAGCAGUGGCAGAAAGUCCGGAAAUGAGAGACUCGGUAGAACCAUCGCCAAUCGUGCUUUCAGAGUCAACAUCGCCUCCAGCACCGGAAACGGACGACUUCAUGGUCCCGCAUGACGACAACGACAUUAUGCAUGAGCCCAAACGGCAUGUAGACUAUCUGUCGCACGAGUGGAAGGAAUCUGAGAUCUCACAGUCGUGGAAGUAUAUCAUUUUGAAAAAGAAGAAGAAGAACGAAGACCUGGUCAACGCCGCAAGGCUUGAAAACGCUUCGUGGCGUACGUGGGCCAAAGCUCGCAACCAUCUGCGUACGGUAAGCCCUGAGACUGUGAACUGGUCCAAAGACUCCGAUGUGACAUGGUUGUACGGCCCAGUGGUGCGACAGAAGUCUAACGAUCGAGAUGCGAAUUCCGAUGUCGAAUACGGCUACGGGUCCGAUGAUGAGACGUCCAAAAGAAUGACUACGUUGAAAACCAAGAAAAGGGCAAACCAUGGUCCAAAGCCCAUUUUGAAAAAAAGAACAGUAUCUGAGAUCAUUGAGGAAAACUCUCGUUGGAAACUCAAUGUGGCCAGGCAACACAAGAAAAAUCUAUCCAGCACGCAGGCCUUGAUGGACGGAUACGACAGCCAUUUAGAAGAAGCGGACGAUUAUGACGCAUUGGCGGCCAGAGUAAACUCCCAAUAUUACUCGCUGCAAGCGGAUUCUUCUACAGCAUCACCCAACCCUGGAGAUCAGGCAGAACGUCAGGAGCUACUGGAGUACCCGGGUGAACAUCAACCUUCGUUCGGGGAUGAUCAUAACGAAGGUUCUAUCACAACGCGGCCAACAUCUGCAAAUCAGUCGCCAGCACCUGCUUUAGAAUCGAUAUUGACGUCUGGUGGCAAGCGGAAUGCCAAAAAUGCUCACGAACAAAAGAACAGACAUAUUCAUUUCAACGACCGAGUGGAACAAUGCAUGGCGUUGGCCAUCAGAUCCGAUAAUGAUUACGACGACUUUGAUGACGAUGACAACAAUUACAACUUUGACGAUGACACAGUAUACGGACAAGGAAGUCAAGGAUCCGUUCAUCACGAAUUCACAAAUAGUAAAGGACGUCGUUCGCGUCGUUUGGGUGAUGAGAAUAAUUCGCUUGGAGAUGAAUCGGAUCAAGAGCUUGAGAGCUCAACUUCAGACGAAGACGAGGAAGAGGCAGGACUUUUCAUAAAUGCAAGAUUUUCCAGGAAAUCGGAUGGCUUGCAGAGCUCACCGGGUGCUUCAUCUGCAAAUUCCGAAAGUUCAAAGUUCAAAAUUUCCGGCACUCCGAUCAUAAAGCCUUUGCCGGCGACCACGUUAAACUACGGUUCAGACGAAGAGGACUUUGGUGAUGAUGACGAAUACUACGGCAGUAACGCUGUUUCCCAUAACGUCAACACCUUUAGAGGGUACGACUACAUGUACGACUACAACUCUGUUUACACAGGGGACACUUCAGGAUUCAUUGCGGCAAACAACUAUGAUAUGGUCGAUGUUCCUGAGGGACUCAGAACCCCUAUAGAGGAUGACGACUCCAAUUCGCAUUUGAUGGAUCAGGAUUCCAACCAAGAUAAACUGCCGAAAGGGUCCGCAACGAAAAAUACAUUUUCUUUGGACAGUGACACAGACUCCUACGGCUCCAAUGGUGAGUCACAAUUUAUCGAAGAUUCACAGGACAGAAGUAGCGAUGACGAAAGUGCAGACAUUGCAAGUCUUCCCGCUCUCAGAAGGACCCCAUCUUUGGGAGUUUCCACCGCUGGUUCGCUGCAGGAUCUUAGACCCCAAUCUCCUUCCAUACCUCAGACGCAUAGUUUUAUCACAGGAAAGCCGCUACGACAGGUGAAUCAAUCGUGGGACACUGCACAAAAGGAGUCAUCUAAGAAAAGCCCAACCGCGCCAAAACAUGCAAAAGGCUUUUCCUUCAACUCUGAUUCUGAUUCUGAAUCGGAGUCACUUUCGGACUCGUACAGCUACACCAAUAUAGACAGCCCUGUUUUGGGCUCUUCCUCGAGGCAGAACGACCCUGAAGAUGAAAACGAGAAUACAGCGGGCAGCAUCGAAUCUGAAAACUACAGCAACACCUCCUCUAAGGCUAAUCCAUCGUCUCACAACGACCCGACCCUUGGAACGGCCGUUUCACCCGUUUCCAAAAGUCAAGGACAGCGGGGACCCAGCGACUCUCUGAGAAACAUAGUCAGCGCCUCCGGGGAUUACCGCACCUCACUUUCGGACGUUGCAAUUUCGGGAUACAUUUCACCCCGCAACGAGUCUAUGCAGUCGGUGGUGGCCAAGGAAAAGAUGACUGUGAAUAACAAAUCUAGUGCUGAAGAUGUUGAUCAUAUGAACAAAAACCUAGAAAAUUGGCACUUAGAUCAUCACGACAAUGAUGAGGAGGACUCUAGUGCGGAGAAUGUACAGAAAAUGAUGAGCUCAGCGCGGGACAUCGCAAGCAAGUACCUUCAUUCUUGGAAAAAGUAG